AUGGCCGAACAACAAGAAUUGUCAUCAACAAUUGAACAAACUGCAGAUAAGCUCGAGGAAACUGUACUAGAUGAAGAAGGAAAACCAUUAUCAAAAAAAGCACUCAAGAAAUUAGAACAGAAACGUGAAAAAGAACGUGCAAAGAAAGAACGUGAAAGAAUCGAACUUGAGAGAAAGGCUGCAGAAGCUUACGGAUCAGAGAAUUUUGGAAAGAAACCAUUGAACCAGUCACAAGAACGAACUGCCACGAAACGAAUUCGAAUUUCUGAGAUCAAUGGUAGUCGCGAUGGAGAAAUUAUCACGAUUCGUGCACGUGUUCAGACUUCUCGAGCCAAAAGCCAAAUUGCAUUCUUUGUGUUUCGUCAACAGUUCUCAACAGUUCAAGGUGUGCUAACUGUUGAUAAGGAUAAUGUGAGUAAAGGAUUUGUGAAAUUUGCAUCAAGUAUACCUGAUGAGUCAAUUGUCGACGUAGAAGGUGUAAUUAUAAAGACAAAAGAAGAGAUUAAGAGCACGACGGUUACUGAUGCGGAAUUACAUAUAAAAAAGCUUUAUACAAUUAGCGAAACUGUUGGACGACUUCCGUUUACUAUGGAUGAAGCGACACGACCCGAAGAUCUAAUCCAACAAGCCGACACGCAAUUCAAUCGUAUAACUCUAGAAACACGCUUAAAUAAUCGUGUCGUUGAUCUACGUACAAUUACAAAUCAAGCUAUUUUUCGCAUUCAAUCAGGCGUAUGUCAACUAUUUAGGGAAUUCCUUAUAUCAAAAGGAUUUAUUGAAAUUCAUACGCCGAAAAUUCUUGGCGCUGCUAGUGAAGGCGGGGCGAGCGUAUUUUCCGUGAAAUAUUUCAAAACUGAGGCGUUUCUUGCACAGUCACCUCAAUUCUAUAAACAAAUGUGCAUAUGUUCUGACUUUGACCGUGUGUUUGAAAUAGCUCCUGUAUUUCGCGCUGAAAACGCAAACACACAUCGUCACAUGACCGAAUUCGUGGGUCUCGAUCUAGAAAUGGCAUUCGAAGAACACUAUCACGAGGUUCUUGAAGUACUCGAUGAACUAUUCGUGUUCAUCUUUCAAGGACUCAAGACCAAAUUCGCUGCCGAGAUUGAGACUGUGAAAAGGCAACAUAAGGCACCGGAUUUUGAGUUCCUACCGAAAACUUUGCGUUUAGAGUAUAAAGACGCUGUGAAACUGUUAAGAGAAAAAGGGGUGGAGAUUGGUGAUUAUGAUGAUUUAAGCACGGAAACGGAACGUAUUCUUGGACAAUUAGUAAAAGAAAAAUAUAAUACCGAUUUUUACAUGCUUGAUAAGUUUCCUUUAGAAGUGCGCCCUUUCUACACAAUGCCUGACCCAAAUAAUGACAAAUAUUCGAAUUCAUACGACUUUUUUAUGCGAGGCGAAGAGAUACUAUCAGGUGCUCAGCGUAUUCAUGACGCCGCGUUUCUGGAAGAACGUGCCAAAGUACAUAACAUUGAUCCGCAAACGAUACAGGGGUAUAUUGAUGCAUUUAAACGUGGGGCACCGCCGCACGCUGGUGGCGGUAUUGGUUUGGAACGCGUAGUCAUGUUAUACCUAAAUCUUGGUAAUAUUCGUAGAUCAUCAUUGUUUCCACGUGAUCCUAAGCGUCUUGAACCUUGA